AUGAGUAAAAUAUCAGAAACGGGUACAAAAUUGGAAGAACUUCAUCCGGUGGUAGAACAGAAGAGUGUCAAAGUAGAAAAGCUGAAACCAAUUUUCAAAAGAGUCAAUAAUGGAAUAACAUCGCAAGAAAUAAUUUCAACAUACUCAAAGCUUAUCACCGACUAUGAGAAGAAAGAAGUUGUGAAUUUCCCAGUCGUUUACACCAUCGGAGCGUUUUCUGCUAAAAACUACAGAUGUCACAGAACCGGACUGUUUACUUCUACUUGUGCAAGCUUUGAAACAAGUUCAGGAGACCAUGUCGCUUAUCGCUACUUGGUAGAUCGUGUUCUUGGCGACGGAAGUUACUCUGAGGUGUACCGAUGUAUCGAUAGGAAAACUGAGACACCAGUGGCUGUCAAGAUUCUGAAGCACAACAUGCAAAUCUUUGAUGAAGAAGUGCAGGCAUUGACAAAAAUUUCACAAUUGGAUCCAGUAGGAAAAUCUAACUGCAUUCGACUUUUGGAUCACGGAAAAUUUCGUCGUCAUCACUACCUGGUUUUUGAGAUGAUGCAUUGUAGUCUGGCAACAUAUCUUGAUGAUGUGAAAAAUGUGUCGGUUCAAGAGUGUGGCAAGAUGAUGAGAUCAAUUCUAUUUGCACUGGACUUCUUGCACCAACACAAAAUCGUCCAUUGUGAUGUGAAACCCGAUAAUAUUCUGAUGAGUUCCAGCGAUCCGAACAAUUUAAAACUGGCAGAUUUCGGAUUGGCAACCAAAGACCCCACAGAUGUUGGAGACAGUAUUCUUCAAACUAGACACUUCCGUGCUCCUGAAAUCUAUUUCCAAGGAAUUAUCACAUCAGCAACCGACAUGUGGUCGUUUGGAUGCGUUGUUGCACAAAUGGUGCUUGGAAAACCUUUGAUGGCUGGGAGACACUAUUAUGAUCAACUUGCAUUGAUUGAACAAUUCUUCGGACUGCCUCCAAUUCCAUAUUACAAAAGGCACUUGCACUUUUAUGGCGACUAUCCAAAGCAUUGCGAGAAAUUCUACGAUAGCGUAACGAGAAAGCCCUUUUUGCGACUCGAAAUGAUAUAUCAUGCCGCUAAUCCAAAAACCGGACUGCCUGGUUCGAAAACUUUAAAAGAUGUCUUCCCAGAUCCGGAGCAGUUUGUCAUCGUUGAAUUUUUGUCGAGAUGUUUCAAGUAUGAGCCGGCGGAAAGAAUCUUGCCGACGUUCGCAUUGAAGCACCCGCUGUUUUUCCAAGAACCAAAUUUAUAA